GCUUAGCCCCCUCAGUUGCUAUGGCAACCAGGGAGAGCAGCCAGGCAAAAAAAAGAAAGGAGGCAAAGGGGAGGGGCCUUCAAGGGAGAAGUGGAGGAGAAAGGGCUGGAUGGGAAAGAGAGACAGAGGGAGGGAUACAGACAACCCGUAAAGAAAACGCACCGAGAGCAACAGAGGUAAAGCAAGGCUGCAGACGACGAUAGACGUAAGGUCUGGAUAUAGAUGCUCACUCCACUGGCUGGGGAAUAAUAACUGCAGCAAGAAACUGGAGGAUACAGAGAAAGGGGCAAACGGAGAGAAGAUGGAUGUACAAACGGAGAACGCGGACCCCCCGCCUUGUGAAGCCCAGUCGAGGGGAAAAAUCAGAAAAGGAUUCAAGCUGUUUGGCAAACGCAAGCCAGGUAGCAUCUUUUCUCUACAAAGCAAAGGGGAUGGAAACAACAAGUCACCUGUUAUCAGGAGCAACACCGCAGAUGGAUUAUCACCAGAUUCAGAGCAGGAGCAAGACAGGGAAAACGGACAGGAGGUGAGUCAUGGAGAGAGGGAGCACCUAGACGAGGAGCCACUCGGUGAAGAUGGCGUUCUGGCUGCGGCUCCUGCUCGCGCCUCCAUUUCUUCAACCAGCUCAGCCAAGUCCCUCAGCUUCCUGUCGUUACUGAGGGGUGGCCGGAGAGGAACGGGGGACCGCAGAGUCUGCACCGUGUCCCAGCCCUCGGGUCGACAACGUCGUGGGCUGAUGGGUCUCUUCAGCAGUGUUAAGUUCCGAUCAAAAGAUAAAGAGGAGGAAGCCCCUCCGAGCCCACUUCUCAUGUCCUCACGCGCCAACAGUGUGGAAAUCAUCAAAGAGGACCUCACCCUUACCCCACAAUCCCAGCAUCGCUCUCUGGACAGCCCCGAGACUGAGAGCUAUGAGCCCGACAAGAGCUUAACAACACAGGACAGUGCAGCCACGUCCCCAUCAGUCAAUGUGAGUAGAACUAAUGAGCAUGUGCCACCUUUCCCCACAUCUGAACCACCCUUGGUACCUGGUGAUAACAGCCUGAGCUGCUUGCUGGCAGACAUCUCUUCUCUCCUGACCUUUGACUCAAUCACAGGGGGUGGAGACAUCAUGGCUGAUGUGGAGGCAGAGUGGGGGAAAGCCAGCAGUCCCAUCAGUGCUGUGGUGACUGAUUUCACGGCAUCAUACACAUCGAUCUUCUCCAAACCCACCAUCUCAUCUCCACCGACCUCUGCCUCAAUCAGCACUGCCGCUCCGGCAAAACCCUCUCCUGUAGCCGUCCCCACAACAGCCUGGACCCAAUCCUUGACACCUCUGACAAGGACAACCACAACCUCUUCUCCCAUUGCCAAGCCAAGCUCCAUCAUCACAACUUUUACCAAAUCUUCCACUUUGACCACUCACUCAGUCAAACUGAGCUCGGACUCUACUCAGCUCACAGACUCUGAGCCUUCUGCUAGCAUUAAAAUUAAAUCGACUCCUACGCCCAUCGCAACAAAACCCUCAACUACCCCUUUAACAUCAACAGGCUUUUCGGCUCCAAUAAUGUCUCUCCCUUCAGUGACAAUUAAAUCCACACUGAGCUCCACCUCUACUGCUACCACAGCUCCACCGAAAACCCCGGCCACUGUAUUCAAGGCUCCUUCCAUUAGUCCAACUCUUACCUGUAUGGCUAGCAAACUGGUUUCAGAGGUUGCAGCACCUCCUCAAGUUAUUACCUCAGUAAGUAAACCUAUCCCUGUAGCUACUCCAACCCCAGCAUCAGCUAAACCUCCACCAGUGACCCCUAGACCCCCCACCCCUGUUACUUUUACUCAACCUCCAUCUAAUAAAUUUGAUUCAGCUAGCAGUUUGAACCUGCAAUCUUCCACUUUCUACAAACCUUCCCUAAGUUCAGCUGCAGGAGAAUAUAAAACCCCAGUGAUAGUAUCACCUCCCUCUGCUGUUACAACCAAACCCUCCUUUUCCGCACCGGUCCCCCCCUCCAAGUUGAUAACGGUUCCCCAAUCAUCUACGACCUCAGGCUCGGUAUCUGCGGCCCUCUCCAAACCUACACUCACCUCAAGCCCAAUGGACUUGAAUAAGUCCCCUCCCUUCCUUGUAAGUGCUCCCGAUAAGUAUCCUUCCUCUACCCCGACUGCCACAACUAGAACCCAACCCUGCUCUGCAUCUGUCCCGACUCCAGCUUCUAUUUCAUUAGAUAAGAUUCCUCCCAUGACUAAACACAUUCCUGCACCAGUCUCUUCAGAUAAGAUGACCCCUGCUCCCACACCGACCCCAGCCCUUACCACUCAUGCUGUUGUUCCUACAGCAUUCCCAACACCUCCUUCUCCGGCUCAGAUCCCAGUCUCUCAAUAUAAUGCCCCUCCUGCUCCUGCUCAAAUCCCAAUUUCUGUAUCUAAAGAUCCACCUGCUCAAAUGCAAGUUUCUCAGUCUAAAGUCCCUCCUGUCACAGCUCAGAUCCCGAUUCAUGUAUCUAAUGAUCCGCCUGCUCCUGCUCGAUCACAAGUUUCUCAAUCUAAAGCCCCUCCUGUCACAGCUCAGAUCCCAAUUCAUGUGUCUAAUGAUCCGCCUGCUCCUGCUCGAACGCAAGUUUCUCAAUCUAAAGCCCUUCCUGCUCCUGUUCAGACCCCGAUUUCUGAAUCUAAGCCCCCUCCUGUUACCGCUCAGAUCCCAGUUUCUGUAUCUAAAAACCCUCCUGUCCCUACCCACCUCCCAAUUUCUAUGUCUACUGACCUUCCUGCCCCUGUUCGUAUCCCAGUUUCUGUAUCUAAAGACCCUCCUGCUCAGGUCACAGUUUCUCAAUCUAAAGCCCCUCCUGCGCCAUCCCCAUCCCCUUGCUCCGUCACUCCUCUUCCUUCUACUCCCACAGCUGGGUUGAGUGAGGCCCCAGCCUCUGCUAAAAUGAGAGGAAGUGGACAGUCAUCAGUCAAUGAGCAACUGAUUAGUCCAAGUAGCACAGGGGCCCAGACCAUGCUGUCAAAAACAGAAGAACUGCAUACUGAGUCACGAACAAGCCUCCAGGGCACCUCCAGAGAAAGAAGGAUACCACAAGUAAAGGCAUCGGGACUAAGCAAAAUACCUGUAGUUGGAGGGGGCAGAGCAGGCAAGCCACCUGUCCGGGACAGUCAACAUAUCGAUGAUGAAGCGUGCCGGGACCCACCGACUCCUGUGCUAGAAGAAGAGAGGCCCCGUUUCAACUCACAUGAUGCAGGGAGCAAAGAUAAAAUCUGUGAUGUUGAGGCUAAUGUGCCCACCUCAAAACACAGCCAGGAGGAGAGUCAGCCGCUUCCUCAGCCGAAAGUCCUCACCAGUUUACCGCGUGACUCGAAGAUCCCCGUGAAGCACGGCACACAGUCUCACACUGCCUCCCAUAUCCCUCAAGCUAAAGAAUCCUCUCGCACCAAGAUACCCGUGUCCAAGGUUCCUGUCCGCAGGUCUGGGAACAAACCUGCAGCUGCAGGUGGCAGCUCUCAGAUAAGAAAAUAAAUAAAUGGACUUGAAUCAAUCAAUGAUACAGAUUAUGGCUUUGCAACUUAUUUUUCUCUUAACUUAAUGACCACCCUUUUUUCUAGACUGUGUUAUUCUUGGCUUCACUACACCAUAAGCAACAGUAACAGAGUCAAGGAGGCUGACAGCACUCAAGCACAAAACAUCUCCACAAGGAGCCGGAGCAACAAGCCUGGCUCUUUGGUGCUGAGGCAACUGGACAUGCACUCAGGAAAGGUUCGGGGUCCCACACAGCAGCAUCGGUGACUAAAGAUAAAAGAAAAAAGGUCUUCUGAGAACACAGUCACACACACACACACACACACAUACACACACACACACACACGGGCGAGUGCCUUUUUACGGGUGCUUUUUCGGACAGACUCUCAAAAUCUUUUCUACGGUACUUUUAACUUUUGUUACUCCCCCUUUUUGUAGGAUUCGUCAAAUCUUUUGGUCUUUCUUUCCAGCAAGUCUCUUUGAUAAAAAACAGUCCUUUUACUUUUUAUUUAUGUCUGGAGAAGAACAGCAGGAGCUCUCUAAAUGAAUGCAACAACCAAAUUUACAUUCCACACCUAUCUUUGGAUGUAUGUAGCAGAAAAACGUGCCAUUCAUUUUUGCACAAGAUGUUGAACUGUGCAGUGCCUGUGUGUCCGCCUGCUCAUAUGUAACAUGAUUAGAUCUCACUGUGAACUCUGGGAGAAACUGGUUUUGAUGGAGGAGUGGAAUAUGUCCAGCCGUUAUGAAUGGCUCGGUGGACGCUGUGAGCGAGACAGAGAGGAUGCUGAGAUGGGAUCUCUCGUACACUGGCACGUCCUUAUCCCACUUAUACUCAGAUGAGAACAGUAUCUCUGUGUAUAGUCUCAUCUAUGUUGUUCUGUUUCCUAUUUAAUCAAUAAAACAAUAUGAGUAUUCGCAAGAUGA